UGGGCAAUGGAAACAAAGUACAACACCCGCGUCUUCCUCGACAGUGACCCGUUAAUGUUGACCAAAUUUCGAAUCCAAAGGGAAGGACCAACACCAACACCAACACCAACAAGACCCACCCACAACCUAACCUCCUCCACAUUCACCCCCAUUUUGUCUCCAUAUCGUUCGCUUCCCCAGGGACCAACCACCUUCUUCUCCGAUCAAUCUCCAUUUUCCGUGGGGGCAAUAGAAAUUGGGAAAAGAUGAGUGAGGUAUUCGAUGGUUACGAGCGCCAGUACUGCGAGGUCUCGGCAAAUCUCUCGCGGAAGUGCACGGCAGCCAGUGUUCUUGCAGGAGAGCAGAAAAAGCAAAGGAUUUCAGAAAUCAAAGCUGGAUUGGACGAUGCUGAUGCUUUGCUUAGGAAAAUGGACCUUGAGGCAAGGAGUUUGCAGCCAAGUGUUAAGGCAACUCUUCUGGCUAAGCUCAGAGAAUACAAAACUGAUUUGAACAAUUUGAAAAACGAAGUUAAGAGAGUCUCAUCUUCCAAUGCCAGUCAAGCAGCCCGAGAUGAACUGUUGGAGUCAGGAAUGAAAGAUGCAGUGUCGGUGUCCAACGACCAGAGAGGAAGAUUGUUGAUGUCAACAGAGAGAUUAAAUCAGUCCACUGACAGAGUUAAGGAGAGUAGAAGAACAAUGCUGGAGACGGAGGAACUUGGUGUUUCAAUUCUCCAAGAUUUGCAUCAACAACGACAAUCUCUUCUGCAUGCCCACAAGACGCUUCACGGGGUCGAUGAGAAUGUUAGCAAGAGCAAGAAAAUAUUGACAGCCAUGUCAAGAAGGAUGAGCAGGAACAAGUGGAUAAUUGGCUCUGUUAUUGCUGCCCUUGUUCUUGCAAUUUUAUUCAUCCUUUAUUAUAAGCUUACUCAUUAGUCUGUUGUGCUGGCCUCCAUUGUGCAAAUAUAGCAUUUGAUUUCACAUUCAGCAUUCUCAGGCUGGUGUUUCUGUCUGUUGUUGAAUUUUAUAUGGGAUUUUAUUUUAUUUUUUCCAUUUUGUGUUAACCUCUAUAUUUUUAUUUUCUGAUUUAUUUCUUUGGUCCAAUUUGAGCAACUAGCAAAAAUGGUUGCUAAUUGUGAAGAGGACAGGAAACCACUCUUAUCUAAAAUCAUUAUAUCCUCUUAAAUUUAUUA